CCGCCUUGAAAGGUGGCGGUAAUGCGCCUGGGUAAUUUUAUCACUCCACAGAUCAAGAGGGAGGAGAAGAACAACACUACAACCGGUUAUUCAUUUAGCUAACCAGCUAGCUGUGGCAACGUGUGGGGUUGUGGAAAAUGCCCAAGUUUUACUGUGACUACUGCGACACAUAUCUCACCCACGAUUCGCCGUCAGUGCGGAAGACUCACUGCAGCGGUCGCAAGCAUAAAGAAAAUGUGAAGGACUACUAUCAGAAAUGGAUGGAGGAGCAAGCACAGAGUCUUAUCGAUAAAACAACUGCUGCAUUUCAGCAAGGCAAGAUCCCGCCCACUCCGUUCCCAGGAGCACCUCCACCUGGCGGCUCACUGCUUCCUCAUCCAAAUAUAAAUCCUCAUCUCCUUCCAGGUGGACCCCCCCGGCCGGGCAUGCUGCCGGCUCCCCCGAUGGGUGGACCUCCCAUGAUGCCUAUGAUGGGUCCUCCUCCACACGGAAUGAUGCCUGGUGGACCAGGUCCUGGUAUGAGGCCUCCAAUGGGUGGCCACAUGCAGAUGAUGCCUGGACCCCAUAUGAUGCGCCCACCUGCCCGCCCCAUGAUGCUUCAAGUUAGGCCAGGGAUGGUGCGGCCUGACAGAUAAGAACGAACCUUUCAACCCCUGAAGUAACAUCCUCACCCCUCUACCCCGUCAGAUUAUGCCAUUGCUCAAGGUCAUGCAUGUGGAAUUGUGGACAAAAGUUUUUGUUGUUGGGUUGAGAUUAUGGAUCACUGCUUUUAUUUUUUAAUUUGAUUUUAAUUCUCAGUUGGCCAAAUUUGUCCUCCUCCUAAUGUCUUUUGACGGCACUGGUCUUGGCAGACAGUGACAUCAUCGCUGGUGCAUAACUCGCAGAUCUGAUGUAAUGGUCCUGUAGAUUUGUUUUCCAUAUGAGCACGUUUUUUUGUAAGCUAUUGUAUGUUUGACAUUUUAUUAAAUACAAUUUUAGGAAA